CCCCAGGUCUGAGCUCUCUCUCUCUGUGAGACCUUGCUGUGUAGCCUCAGCAGUUCCGGGUACCCUCCAGAACGCCCAGGGCAUCUAGAAAGAGAAGACAGCUCACAUCCCAGAAGGAGACAAGCAGAAGUGAGUUCCCAAGCCUCUUCUCAACUCUGCCCAGUCUUCUGCCUGCCUGUCCAGCAUCAUGAAGGUCCUCGUGGCUGCUGUCUUUGUCCUCUGCGCUGCGGCCCUCUGCUCCUGUGCACAAAAAAAGGUUUACACCCCACCCACUUGCUGCUUCACCUACGCCUCCGGGAAAAUCCCCCAAGGAAAUGUGGUUAACUAUUUUAAGACCAGCAGCGACUGCCGCAAACCUGGUAUCAUCUUCCUCACCAGAAAGGGCCGAUACGUCUGUGUCAAUCCUGCUGACAGCUGGGUCCAGAAAUACAUCAGCGACCUGAAGAAGAGCCCCUGAGUGGUCCAGAAGGAACCCACUGAAAUGUGGGCAGAGAUUGGGCCUCAGGGACCUGAACCAGGGGACUGCAAGCCCAGAAGUUUCCUCUCCCAUGAGUCCCUCUCCCCCCCACUCCCCACAUUCUGGAAACUUUCUUUACUUUAGUUAAACUACUGAAAUGUUGUAAAUUGUUUUAUUCAUUUGAUGCUUUCUCUGAGAAAUCCUACGAUGCCCUCUCAUUCCCAAGCCCCUUCCCAGUCAAUCACAUGAAGGCUGAUGAGUAAAGAUUUACACUCUGUCUCUCGCUAGACCUUGGACCACAUCCAUCAACAGAUGCUUAUUGAAUUUUUCUGAGACUUUUCCUCUGUUAAAAAUGU